UUUACAUUAAAAUUAAAGGAAAAAAAGUAAACCAGAAUUAUUAAACAUGAGAUAAGAUAUAUAUGAAACUCAUCUAGAGACAAUGGUAGUCAUUGACCAUAUGCAUCUCCCCAGAAUGAAGACUCCCUUCUUCCUAACCUCCAUCUUCCUUCUUACUGGUUUUUACAUUUUACCGUCUGUCAUGAUUGCAGUUAUCGGAGUUCUUGCUUCUCUUCUGCUUAUACCAUUAGCUCUGAUGCUACUACCUUACUUCAGAGAAUUGAUGUCAACUGCUCGCCGGCACCGGCCACCGAUCGUCGGCCCAAUUUCCAAUCAGCUCAUACACUUCAACAAGCUUUACGAUUAUAUGACAUCACUGGCUGAAAACUAUCCCACUUAUCGUUUCAUCAGACCUACACACAGUGAAAUCUAUACGACUGAUCCUGUUAAUAUCGAGUACAUUCUUAAGACCAAUUUCUCCAACUACACCAAGGGGGAGUAUAAUACUUAUUUAAUGCGAGAUCUUUUUGGAAAUGGGAUCUUUACGGUUGAUGGAAUGAAAUGGCGCCACCAACGGAAGCUUGCAAGUUUGGAGUUCUCAACGAAAGUUCUAAGAGAUUUUAGUACGGUUAUUUUCAAAUCCAACACUGCUAAACUAGCGAAAAGGAUUUCGUUACUAGCUGCUGAUGAGAAGAUGAUGGAUUUGCAGGAUUUGUUGAUGAAAUCGACUUUUGAUUCAAUAUUCAAGGUGGGAUUUGGGUUUGAUCUUGAUACUCUAUCAGGGUUAGAUGAGGCUAGUAAUCGGUUUAUGAAAGCUUUUGAUGAUUCAAAUGGUUUAGUCUACUGGCGAUUUGUUGAUCUUUUAUGGAAGGUGAAGAGGUAUCUUAAUAUUGGUUCUGAAGCUGUUCUCAAGGAAAACAUCAGAAUCAUUGAUAACUUCGUGUACAAAUUAAUACGAAACAAGAGGGAGCAGAUGGAAGAUGGGAAUAUUUAUAAAGAAGAUAUAUUAUCAAGAUUUCUGAUGGAAAGCAAGAAUGAUCCACAGAAUAUGACCGAUGAGUAUCUGAGAGAUAUAUCGCUCAGUUUUGUGAUCGCCGGAAAGGAUACGUCUGCAAACACUCUCACUUGGUUCUUUUACAAGCUUUGCAAAGAUCCUCUGAUUCAAGAAAAAGUUGCAGAAGAGCUGAGAGCAGCCAUUGAAUUCGAUCAUCAUAUAUCCAUGGAUGAAUUUGCUCUCAAGUUAACUGAAGAUGCCCUUGACAAAAUGCAUUAUCUUCAUGCAGCUUUGUCCGAAACUCUGAGGCUUUAUCCUGCAGUUCCUCUGAAUAGCAAGAGUGCAGAGAAAGAUGAUGUUCUUCCUGAUGGCUUAAAGAUCAAGAAAGGAGAUGGCGUAGGCUAUAUGUCUUAUCCCAUGGGAAGGAUGACCUACGUUUGGGGAGAAGAUGCAGAAGAAUUCCGACCAGAAAGAUGGCUAAAAAAUGGUGUUUUUCAGCCGGAAAGUCCUUUCAAGUUCACUGCUUUUCAGGGUGGGCCAAGAAUAUGCUUGGGGAAGGAAUUUGCUUACAGACAGAUGAAGAUACUGGCUGCUUUUCUGGUUUAUUACUUCAAAUUCAAACUGGCGGAUGAGUGUAAAGAAGCUACUUAUAGAACCAUGUUCACCCUUCACAUGGAUGGAGGGCUUCAAUUGAAUGCUUUUCCUCGUUUCUGACAACGAAAUCGAUGCCCGUUUAGCUGUAAAUUUUCAUAAGAACAAUGUAAUCACAAGAUGUAACCCAUAAAUGUUGCUUUGUGGAUAGAUGUAAUCACAACUUUCUC